AUGGCUACUUCAUCACUAUAUGCCAUAGAAAAACUCGAUGUGUCGAAUUAUGAGACGUGGACAGUGCAAAUGCGAAGUGUACUUAUCCACGGUGGCCUUUGGAAAGUAGUGACCGAAGUUAAGCCUACAAAUGCGGAUGAGCUGGCGUUGUGGACAGUAAGUGACGAAAAGGCGUUAGCUACUAUCAUACUCAGCGUAAAAUCGAACCAACUAAGCUAUAUUAAAAACUGCAAGUCGUCGGCAGAAGCGUGGCUGAAAUUAAAAGAGGUGUACAAGCCGCAAGGGCCGAUACAAAAGGUGUCUUUAUACAAGCAACUCUUAAGCAAGCGUAUGCAGGAUGAAGAAAAUCCACAAGAAUUCAUCAACGCAUUUACUGAGAUCGCAGACAAACUCUCGGAGACUGGAAUAAAUAUCCAGGAUGAUUUGCUAAGUAUAAUCCUUUUAUCUAGCUUACCCAAAUCAUUUGAUAACUUUGUCAUAGCUAUGGAAACCCGAGAUAGUUUACCUUGUUUCAGCGCAUUAAAGAUAAAGCUUAUAGAGGAGGGCGAGCGGCGCAAGCGGCAGAACGAACCGGCAGAGUUUGAGCAACACGACAAGAAGACGCAAAAUAAAUCUAAAUUCAAAUGCUUUGCAUGUGGAAAAAGAGGGCAUUUCGCGAACAAAUGCAAAGAAAAAGAAAAACGCAAUUCCAGAGAAACUGCAAUGAAUGUCAUUGCAAUGACAAACAUGCAGAGCAAAUUCGACGACACCUGUUAG